GUCGGCCGACCGUGUUGUGAAAAGCAACAGCAGCGGCAGCAACGUGAGUCGAAAGGGCCAGCUACUCCUGCUGCUGCUGCUGCUGUUCUUUUCGUGCCUCGAUAAACUGCCAAAGUGGAUCAGUAAGUCGUCGGAUCCGAAACCAUUCGGAGCACACGGAGUUUCGACUAUAUACCCGCAGCAGCGACAACAACAUUUCAAAAUCAAUAACUUGACACUGGGCCGUUUUUUUUUCGACCAGCAAAAAAAUUUUUAAAAUCCAUUGGUCAAUUGCUUGUCAACCACAACGGUGUCAUCCGAGUUUGUCUUUUGAGCGUUAGUUCAGUGUCAGUGUGCAUCAAAGUCAAAGUGAAAUCAAAUUCAGCCAGUCAAACGUGAGCCGACUUUUUUCCUUCAAGUUUUCAAUCGAAUUGAAAUCAACGAAAAAAAAGAGAAAAGCAAAUUUAAAAAAAAAGUAGAAAAGAAAAGAAAAACAACAUGUCGGUAAGGAGGAAAUCGGCUGAUUUUGUUCCAGCAGCGCCGGUGGUUCCUCGUCAGCGACGCGGUUCCGAUCUAUCCGACAAGGUGGCCAUGUUCAACAAAAAGUUUCACGAACAUCACGAGAAACAGCUGUCGAAUCCGUUCUCAGACGUCGAGCGGCCCGAAGGCUACCAAAUCGCCAAACUGGACGUCAAUGACCCCAAUUACGGACGACCUCCGGCCGGAUCCAUGACUGAAUUAAGAGGUAAAAAAGCCAACCAACACAUGAGGAAAGAAUGGCGGACGCUUUGCGAGACAAUUUACGACUGCGGCUACAGAUUUCCCGACGGAACGGCCAUCAUCCGCUUCGGCGAUCUCUUUAACAUCUACAACACGAUCUCGGACAAGUGCGUGGGUAACCUGCUGAGUGCACGUAAACACGGAUUCGUCUCCUUCGAGGGCGAAAUGCUCUAUCAGAGGCGCGAUGAAGACACGGAAAUCACAUUAGCCAAACCCAUAGAGGAAAUUGUCAAAUUACUGCCCAUUGUCUUCGAUCCCAAUCAGCACCUGCUCGAUAACCUGCAAGAAUGAAAAAAAACAACAAAAAAAACAACACCAUUUUUUAAAAAAUAACAUCAAAGACAAAAACAAUAAGGACAAUUUCUAUUCGAACAUAUAGUAGGUUAUAUAUUAUUAUACGUAUUAUAUUAUGAUGAAUACAUUUUUAAAAAGGCCAAGUAAAAAAAAAAUAUGAAACAAACAAAUAAUUAUAAUUAUUAAUUUUGAAAUUACAAAAGAGGACAAUCGAUUGGGAGCAAUUGGGCUAAAAUUUUGAGAAUGGACGAGUCCCCCCCCCCCCUUUAUAACUUGUCGUGUUGACAUUUUCUUAUAUUCUACAUUAAAAAAGCUGCUUAAUUUGUUUGUUUUUUGGGGAGGAAAAUGUGUCUUUUUGUGGUUGUUAUUUUUUUAUGUUGGUGUAAAUCCUGAAAAAUUCGUCAGAAUUUCACACAAUAAUCCUUUGCAUGGAUAUUAUAUUCUCUUUUCUGUCAUGUCCUGCAUUGUUUCCCCCGCCUUUCUCUCCCGAAAAAGUUUCAUAUAAAUUCUCUCGCUCCUGGCCAGCCCUUGUCCGCUCCAAGCGAAGCGUCACUUCAAUAACUUCAUCCCUCCGAAGGAAAAUCCCUCCAGUUGUGCAUGAAAGCCUCUCGCUCGCUGUCUCUCGCUGUCUGUCUGUCUGUCUCCAUAUUAAUCACAAUUUAUCUACACACGUGUAAUACUACGUAAUGUGGAAUACUACUUUGAUUUGCAAUAGUUUUUGAUGAUAGAGCCUGCGCAAUGG